AUGACCAUCUACGGUUGUCCUACCCGCGGAUACUCCACGACUACAACCGUGGAGAAUGAUUUCGUACAAGAUAUCCGAUUAAUUAAUGAGGGUCUCUCGCGGUGUUCUCUGUUGUCCACGUUUGUCGCCGGCCGGAAAGAGGCCGGGUUCCUGCAGCCCAGACACAUCCCGAAGCCUGCACUGAGGGUGUGA